AUGGAUGAUACCGAUUUGGGUGAAACAACGCUAUUGAUAUCGAGCAUAGGACUGUCUCCACCCGUCCAGGAUAAUCGUUCACGUCGUCAAAGACAGUUAGCCAUUUAUCUCAUCUUAGCGAGCACUUUGUUCGAACGUUUAGCAUUUUACUCAUUAGCACUCAAUCUUGUAGUAACACUGAAAUCAGCUGAAUCCAACUGGGAUCCUGAGAACAGUACUACUGCUUCAUUUAUAUUUUUUGGUGUGAGUUAUCUAUCAACGCUGAUUUUCGCUGCCGUGAGUGAUGCGAGAUUAGGCAGAGAAAGAACAAUUGUUGUUGGUUUUAUUCUUUAUAUAAUUGGUUAUAUUUUUAUCAAUUUAAUUGCAAAUGUCAAUACACACGAUUCGAUAUGUAAAGGUCCAUCUCCCACGCAUGUUGGCAUAUUCACUGAACACUGUGGACCUCAAAUCGUUGGUACACUUAUUUUUAUGGCAAUUGGUGUAGGUGCUGUGCAAGCUAAUAUGGCUGUAUUCGGAGCGGAACAAACGCAAGAAUCGAAAAUCACAUCGCGAUAUUUCGAUAAAUAUUACAUCGCUGUUAACAUCGGUGCAAUUGCUGCGACAUUGUCAGUUCCUUUAGUCCAGACAGAUACUGAAAAUAUGACAGCGUCGAAUAGUUAUUUUUUUGGGUACCUCAUUGCUAUGUUUAUGCUUUUAAUAUCAGCUGGACUGUUUAUUUUCGGUCGUCGAUAUUAUCUUCAUGUGCCUCCUUAUGAUUCAGUGAUUAUGAAAUGUAUUCCGGUAGUUCUAAAUGCUUUUCAAAACUGGCUGAAACAUGAAAAUGCUCGCGAGAGAAGUGCAAGUAGUUCUCGCCGAAGAGAUUCUGGACAAGGACGGAAUUCGAUCAGUGAAGAUGAAACAUUGGCGGCGAAUAGUCAGUCGCUGUCAUUUCUUGACUAUGCCAAAGCUGCUAAUCGUGGUAAAUUUACUGAUCGGAUUGUCAAUGAUGUUAAGUCACUUCGACGAGCUUUUAUUGUUUUUAUUCUUCUCAUUCCGUACUGGAUUAUUUAUUACCAAAUUCAAAUUACUUUUCCUUUACAAGGUCAGCACAUGUCUAUUCCAAUCUUACGUCAGACAGAUCCUAUGCCAAUCAGUUGGAUGUCACUUGGCGACUCGGUCGCAAUUAUCGUUGGCCUGAUGAUUUUCAAUCUGUUCGUUUACAAACGUUUGAGUAAUCCAUCUCGGACAUUGUCCAUCCGACGAAAGCUUGUUAUCGGUAUGAUCUUAGCUUCACUGAGUAUGUGCAUCGCUGGUAUUGUUGAGAUUUUUCGACAAAAUCAAUGUAUAUCAGACAAAGAUGAUUCGAGUUUAAGUAUUUUUGCUCAAUUACCUCAGAAUAUCUGCAUGGGUCUUGCUGAAAUAUUCGCAACAGUUGCAAGUCUCGAAUAUGCCUAUUUAGCUGCUCCGCGUUCAGCUCAAGCACUUCUCAUGAGUUUACAGUUUUGUUCGUUGGGCAUCUCAUCGGUUAUUGGUAAAGCCUAUCUUUCACUGUAUUCAACAACAACCGGUAUCUUUGACUUCAGUUGUCAACAUCUGAAUCAAUGGACAUUUACAUUAUAUUUUUUCGUGUUAGCUGCACUGCAAAUACCUCUUCUGAUAAUAAUUGUUAUCUGUGAUAGAAAAUUUCAAAUCUUGAAACUAAAUCCUCAACAGAUUGACAACGAGCAAUUUCAGAGCCGUUAA